UAGCGCUUUUUGCAGUUGUCAUGUUGAUUGUGCUAUAGUGCCCUGUCCGUGUUGCUUCUGCGUGCGAUUUGGCAUCACCACGUUGACACAUCGUAAUACUAAUCAGCUGAUGGUCAACUUAGCUCGCCGUAGAUCUGCAGUUCAAGCAGCUUCAACGAUUCUUGCGUCGUGUGACGUGCUACUUUCUCCCAGGUCGGCGCUUGUUCCUGACGUCUUAACUUGGUUUUCACUGUACAUAAGAACGCGCAUCGCAUCUUUUCCUCCAGUAACCUGUGCGACGCUUCAGGUUUUUUUGAAAGACUGGACUCUUCUUGAAGAAGAUGUCUUUCAAGAUGUAUUGAAGGAGCUCCCUCUGGAUGACAGGAUCUUUAUAGUUGCUGAAGUUAUACCACCAGUGGAGCAUGAUUCUUCAGGUAUCUCGCAAGCCGACUGCGUGACAAUUUUUGAAGAAGUGAGCACACCCCAGUUCAACUUUCAUUUUGAGAGGCUGCCAAGAAGUGUUCAAGUCGCAUUAGAGGCACCUCAGGCACUUCCUCCCGGAGAAAGGAGAGAUCUUGUAAGGUGCAUUGCGCAUGACAUGAUGCAGGUUUCACCACGGCCUAGGAGAGAGUUCAUCCGCAGUGUUGCUGAGGCCGUGGUAAAGCGUUUUCCUGCUUGCCUUCAGGACCGCACAGUCAGUGGCAAGGUGUUUGGUCGAGGAUAUGAUUCCCUGUUCCAGCAACUUGAGAACAGAGUAGAGAAUUUGGGCCGUGUGAAACAGCAGGAAUUGCCAUCAUGCGUGAAGACGAAGAAAUACUCAUAUGGCUGUGCCAAUUGGCAGCCAGUGUGCUUGCAACCAGUCGAAACCAUAGCUGAAAAAAUCCAGUUUCUUAAAGGGGAGGCCCAGAAGACACUGCGAGACAUAGAUGUACCCUUGGCACAGACAUGUAUGGAUGCAACCUACAGUGAACAACGAAGGUUCAUAAAUUCUGAUGCACCAGUCCAUAGCACGGCAGAAGUCAGAGAGGAGUGGCCAUUGCUCUUCCACAAGUCCUUUUUCUACAAGCAUGCCUGUCAGCUCCUUGGCAAAAAUAUGAGGGGGAUAUUUGAGGAGAACCUGUCUGGCGUUGCACCUUUGUUCAUAAAGCACUUGGACACUUUAACUGCACCAAGGAAAGAACUUGUGCAGUGGAUGGUUAAGGUGGAACUUCAGGAGCGGAAAGGAAACCAGCAUGCAAAAGAAGAAGCCACCAUUCCACUAUUGGCUGCCUACUUCAAGGAUGAUCCAGAUGAUCUGUUUCGUGUUCUUGAAGAAGGUACAAGCAUCACGGAAGUGAUGGACGAGUUUCCAUCUACACCAGUUGUGGUUUCAUUAGGAGGCAUCUUUGAGAAGAAAUGUUUUGUUGUUUGCGAGCAGCAGCUGUUGUUUACGGAGAGCACUGGCUUCAUAGAGGCAGCGUGUCUUGCCUUCUUAUGCUACUAUGUGUUUAACAUGACCUAUGCAAAGGGAGCAGCAACAACACUUGAGUUCAUUCAGAGGCAAAUAUGUGAUAUUAAUCCCUGCAAGGGCAGCAGAUCCCAGGGCAAUGCCCGCCGUUUGGCUAUUCCUACAAAGGUAGUGAAGCUGGCACAGCUUCUUCGAAAGGAAUAACCUGAAUGGAACACCAGAUAAUGGCUGAUGUGUGCAAAAAAGAUUGAUUGUGUGUUAUGCUGUACCUGUGAUUAUUUAUUAACCUGUUUAUGUGGGAGCUCCAGGCUGGUUGGUUAUGCCAGGGAAGUCCAUUAGGAUGGAUGUGAAUGGAGAUAAUUAUGUGGUGCUCUUCAGGUACUAGUGGUGGCAGGCAUAAGGAUGCCUUGUAUAGACUUGCUGGUUAUUGUAUUCACUAGGUAAUGGGAAUGUAGAUUAGCAGUAAGGCUAGAGUUGGUCAAGAAAUCCGACCUAAGAUGGUUAGGCAUAGAAGGCCCGUUUGAAAAUUAUUCAACCUUAUUUAUUUUAGAGAAGACUAUAUGGCACAGGUUUGCCACAUCGUGUGAUGUGUCUUUCAGUUGUGUUGGCUGUUGUACAGGAGCAGUUGUGUUGAGCAUUGUCUUGACCCAGUGUGAUAUUGAGUGAAAUAAAAUGGCUGGGUGAAUU